CUCCCCUGCUGCUGCUGCUGAUCUGCGGACAGCGACACACACGACCCCGGAGCGUUCUGCGGAAUCAAGCCUGGCAGAAUCUGAUCAUAUAUCCUGCUGAGCAAAGCGAGCAGCACAGACCCGCCAUUUCCAGUCCUUGUGUGUCUUUUCCGCCCCUUUGUCAUAGCGCUUUAACGCCGAGCAGCAGCAGUGGCAGUAGGAGGAGGAAGAACUGGGAGAGGAGGAGCAGCAGCAGCAGCGGCGGCGACAACGACGACUUGCGGAGCGGCGGAGGCAGGGAUCCGGUGUACUACAUCGGGAUGAGAGCGAGACAGGGACCCGGUUCGAAUGAGUCAGCGAAAGAAACCUCACUAUCUCGGCAUUGCUAGAUUCUGGAUGAACCUGUAACUGAUCCCACCAAAAAAAAAAAAAAAAAAAAAAAAAAAAUCGAAUAUAUAUUUAUAUUUUUUUUAUUGUCAGAUUCCGCUUCCCUUUAUAUUCCGCCCUCCCCUGGUCCGCGUCUGCCAUAGCCUAGUUUUGAUUUUUCUUUCCUCCGAGCGAGGUGGGAAAAAAAGGGGGGUCUUGAGAGGCUAAAGGAGGAGGUGGAGAUCCAAUUUCAUUUUUUUUUUUAAAUAAAACAGCUGUGGGGAAAGGAAACCUAACAACCGGGAAGACAAAGCCGUUCGGGCUUCCACUGGGCUUUUUUUUUGUUUUGUUUUUGAGAGUCUUUUGUUUCGUUGAGUAAACGCGAAGAUGUCGGGACAGAGCAUUACGGACAGGAUAACGGCAGCCCAGCACAGUGUAACGGGAUCCGCGGUGUCGAAAACAGUAUGCAAGGCCACCACGCACGAAAUCAUGGGCCCGAAGAAGAAACAUUUGGACUAUUUGAUCCACUGCACCAACGAGAUGAACGUGAACAUUCCCCAACUGGCCGACUCUUUAUUCGAGAGGACCACCAACACCAGCUGGGUGGUUGUGUUCAAGUCGCUCAUCACCACGCACCACCUCAUGGUGUACGGCAACGAGCGUUUUAUCCAGUACUUGGCUUCAAGGAACACACUUUUCAACCUCAGCAAUUUUUUGGACAAAAGCGGGCUACAAGGCUAUGACAUGUCUACGUUCAUCAGGAGGUAUAGUCGGUACCUGAAUGAGAAAGCGGUUUCCUACAGACAGGUUGCCUUUGACUUCACAAAAGUUAAACGGGGCGUUGACGGCGUAAUGCGGACCAUGAACACAGAGAAGCUGCUCAAGACUAUACCCAUCAUUCAGAACCAGAUGGACGCCCUUCUCGAUUUCAACGUCAAUGCCAACGAGCUGACUAAUGGAGUCAUCAAUGCAGCCUUCAUGCUCCUCUUCAAAGACUCCAUCAGGCUCUUUGCUGCUUAUAACGAAGGCAUCAUCAACCUGCUCGAGAAGUACUUUGACAUGAAGAAGACUCAGUGUAAAGAAGGCUUGGACAUUUACAAGAAGUUCCUGACUCGCAUGACCCGGAUAUCAGAAUUCCUCAAAGUAGCCGAGCAGGUGGGAAUUGACCGAGGCGACAUCCCAGACCUUUCUCAGUUCACAGUUUGUGCUCCCAGCAGCCUCCUCGAAGCUCUGGAGCAGCAUUUGGCCUCUUUGGAAGGGAAGAAAGUGAAAGACUCCACUGCAGCCAGCAGGGCCAGUACUCUAUCAAACGCAGUGUCAUCACUCGCCAGCACGGGGAUGUCUUUCACCAAGGUGGAUGAGCGGGAGAAGCAGGCGGCUCUGGAGGAGGAACAGGCCCGACUCAAAGCCCUCAAGGAGCAAAGACUCAAAGAGCUCUCGAAGAAGCCGUCCUUCUCCACCACCGAUACGUCGCCGAUCUCCACCACCGGGGGCACCAUCAGCACAGCACCAACCAUCGACCUCUUCUCCACACCCAGCUGCUCAAAUGGUGCGGUCAAGAUGGAGAGCGACCUUUUUGACCUGCAGCCGACCUUCCAGCCCUCCAUGCAGUCGGCCUCCACAGGGCUGCCAGUGGCCACAGCGUGGGCAGAUCCUUUCACCUCUACUGAAGCUGGAGAUGAUUCCAUGCCAAACCUUAACCCUUUCCUGUCAAAACUCGUUGUCGAUGCCACUCACUUACCUGUCGUGUCUUCAGACGGUGUUAGCUUUUCCUCUAGGACAUCUGGUCAUGAAAUGUUUGGUGAUCGUUACAAUCCCUUUACUGACACAAACUCAUCAGUUUCAACCAAUUACAAACGCACAGUGCGGAUAGAACACUCCGUCUCAGACUCCUUCUGUGGUCCAGUGUCCGUUGCUCAGCAUCUCCCACAUCAGGCUCCUUUUCCCACUGAGCCCUCUACUGUAGCAGGUCUAUUCAGAGAAUACUCGACGCCUCAGGCCCCUCCGCAGCCGCCAGCAGGGGGACUACAGGUGGACUUUGAGUCCGUUUUUGGAAACAAAGCCGCCGGAAGUGGGAGCCUCAACUCUGAUGAUCUUGCUGGAGGCAUCCUGAAGCCGACUCUCGCCGGCUCCAACCAGCUGUCCAAUCAGCAGCCUGAGAAGCUCGUGUCAGACGACCUUGACUCUUCCCUGGCCAACCUCGUCGGCAACCUGGGCAUUGGAAACGGCACAAUGAAGAACGACAUCCACUGGAGCCAGCCGGGGGAGAAGAGGAUGACCGGCGGCACCAACUGGCAACCGAAGGCGGCGCCCAACACGACCUGGAACCCCGUCUCCAUGCCGCCGUCAGUCAUGGCCUUCCCUGCCACCACACCCACAAGCAUGAUGGGAUACGGCAUGCCUCCACAAAUGGGCUCGAUGGGGAUGAUGAAUCCACCCACCAUGAUGUACACCCAGCCCGUCAUGAGGGCACCCAACCCUUUUGGCUCCGUGUCGAGCGCUCAGCCCUCUGCAGCCUCUAGUCCUUCCAGCCAGAGUCCUCUCCGAGCCCCUGGACAGGACCCGUUUGCACACCUCUCUCUCAAGGAUUUCUUGUAGAGCAUCUCUUUAGAUGCAGUUCAUGUAAUUUGAAGGAAGUGUCUCUCAGAAGAUGAAGCACUUAGCAGCUAAACCUUGUCCUCGUUGCAGUCUAACUCUUCAGAGAAGUACCGCCCCCAUCCCCCCCCUCCCCUCCCUCCACCCCCCCUCCCCUCCAAAUACAGACACGUCAAGAAUACAGCGGCGCACCGACUGUCGGAAACCAUCGUAACCAUGUCCACGCGACGUUCGGCAGUAACUCAAACCCAUUUUAUUCUGUAAUAACUUGCCCGACACGCCGAGAGACGCUGCUUUCUAACACCCCCCGGCCCCACCCCCUUUUCAGAUGACUACUUAGCUGCUUUACGGUGUACUCUGUAAAGAUGGUUCGGGUGCUCAGAAGCUUAAAUGUCGUGUAUUUGGAGGUUCUGAGGUUAGAUGUGAAGGCUUUGAUGUACAGAGGGGAAAGGAGGGGGGGGGGUGAAAGAACAAGGAGCGCUGUUCUUCCCUUUCUCGAUCCAAUCAUCAGUCAUCCAGACCCUGCAGUUAUUUAACCGUCACAGAGUAGUGAUGCUAACAACGUUUACACCUGUUUUAGUUCUUGUCUUUUUUACCGUGUUUACAGUAGACAUUCCUCGUGUGUUGUUUGUAUUUAUUUAUGAUUAUUGGUUUAAGAUCGGGGGCGGGGGAGGGGAAUUUAAUGUAAAAUCUACAGUAAAAAAUGAACACAUGUGGGAGUGCUUCAGCAUUAAACAAGGAUUCCAGACUAUCAUUAAGAGGUAGAGAUGAAAAAAAAAAAUAGAUAUUAUAUGAAUUACACCUAUUAAGCGGAAUGAUAGAGCACUAAAUAUUCUGAGUUUUGUGUUUAAGGAAUUUUUUUUUUUUUUUUUUUUUUUUUUUUUUACUAGCUGAAAGAUUUCACAAUCUCCAUUGUACUUUACAGUGCUGGGGUUAGAGUACGAGUCAGUUAUCAGUAUAUAGUGUGCCUAGGGUUUUAUUUUGCAACGGAUCCGUGUCGCCGACUAGUUUUUUGGGGGGGGGGAGAGAAACACUUCAUCCACAAACGGAAAGGUGGGUGGCACUGGGUGGUGGGCUCCAUUUGCUUUAAGCUUGGCAUGCCGUUGACUCACUGACUGUAAUCAAGGCUGCCUUUUUACUCUGAAUGUGAACGAGUUGUCUUCAUGUUGCACACAUCUUUCCACGCUGCAGUUUCUCAGAGAGAUGGAGUGGGGUUGGUUGGUGGGUGGGUACGGUAGGCGGGUUGACUGAUUUGGUUGUCGUCACACCGAUCGUGGGGGGGUAAAAAAAUAAAUAAUAAUAAAAAAAAACAUAAAAAGUAAAGGGGGAAGAGGCUUGGUGUAAAUUAGCUGUACAAAAGAAUCGAGAAGGAGCAGGGUAGAGCGGAGCAGCACUGUUGAUCGGUGCCAUGUGUACAUAAACACUCGACUGUUCUUUGAGCGCACAAAGCGAAAGAUGUAUGAAAUAUGAAAGCAAUUCAAUCAAAUUUGACUCUACCUAAGUUUGAUUCAGGAUAUUCUCUGCGUUUGUCUCCGCAGAUAUGUUCUUUAUGUAAUUAGAUCGUGUAGCAGACAACGACUGAAGUCUUUUUUUUUUUUUUUUUUUUCUUUCUUUUUCAAAUAAAGAGCAGCUUCCACAAACA